AUGACGGCUAAAGCAAUUGCUAAAGGACGGAAAAAGGUGCGCUAUAACUUUUACUUAAUUCUUAAUUUUCACUACCUGGUUCAUUUAUUAUACACAACUUGCCAAUUAUUUUGCAGUUUGUAUCCCAUCCAUUCAUUUUCAAAAGAGUAGAAAAACGAUGGAAACUUGGCCUAUCGGAGGACUUUCAGUCACGACUGCCUCAUCGCUUUCUUCUCUUGCUGAUCAUGAUGCUUGACGCAAUACUAACUCCAGUUCUACUCCCAUUGAAUGCAUACGUUGCAUACAAAAUCCAACAGGGAACAAAAUUGGCCAAAAUCCAAGGUAUUUUGAAUAAAUUCCAUUUUCAAUCGUCAAUGACGUAACGGCUCAACUGACGAAUCAGUUUACACGAACCAGACUUCUGACACUCGAUAGACAGUUCCUCACCUCACUCUGAUGGUAGCUUCCACUCAGGUUGUGAAAAUGUCAGUUACCACUUACGAUAAAGUCCUUUAUAUGACUAUCCUCAGUUGGAAAAUUACCCCUGGGUUCAAACCAUUUAUUGACUGUGGCGAGGCUAGGAUUGUGCAUGCAUCUGCUUGAAGACGUCAGGCUUGGUAUAAAAUAUGGUGUCAUAGUAAGAGCCAUGUUAAAAACCUUAGCUUCAUACUGCACGGACGUGGUGCAUAUGAAAAGUUUUUGCUUCUGGUAGAAUCAAAUUUUAUUCAAAAUGCUUGUCUGUAUGUCUACAAUGACUUUAGACCGAGUUUUUACCGUACACGUUUCCUUCAGUGCUUGUAAGAGCUGUGAAGACGUUCAAAGCCUGAUACUAGUUGAGAUUUGAUGCAAUUUUUGCGAACGCGAAAUAUUUAAUCUACCUUACUAUUAUUUACUCCAUAGUCAUUUAUAGAGAUUACCUCGAGACUCCCUACGUUAUUUUCAUGAAGACUCAAUUUAUGCAACUGACCUUCAUUGGACUCUUCUUUCGGAUAUCCAUGAUUGGUUCGUCUGUCGCUCCAACCGCUGAAGAGAGCUUUAUAUUAGUCUUCUUUAUUGGAUUUUUUCUUAGCGAGAUCCGACAGUAUCGAAGUUCAGCAUCGAAGGUUUAUUUAAGGUAAAUGACCUUAAGGCACGCGUUAUAAUUGUAGACUGCUGCUCACUUGUGGUCCGCAUUGGAAUCAGUCGGGGUUUUUGCUGCUGUUGUCGUCAUUAUUGUUUUUGUUGUUGUUGUUGUUGCUGUUUUUUUCUUUGGUUUUGAUAUGCUAGGAAACGUGCCUUAAAGAAAAACUUUUGCAAAACCAUUUUCGCACAGGUUAGUUUCCAAAAAAAAAGGGAAAGGUGAGUUCUGCUUGAUGAUGCAACUGACCUUUCGCAUUUCUGAUCUCGUGAUAACAUGUCCUACCAAUUGAACUACAUAUUUGGUAGUGAGCCAGGGUCACGCAGACGCUUAAGACUGUGUCCACUAGAGCACCGGGUAGUCGUGCUAAAUGUCAUCUCACCGAUUUCAAUGAAACUUCGCUAGUUUAAAGGGUCUUCCCAAAAACUCAAAAAGACAAACUGGUUUCUGUUUUGGUUUCCAAAGUAAUAGACGACUGAAGAAAGAAACGCUUUGAUUUUCCCAUCAAUUUUUCGCCUACGUGCAUCUCUCUAAACGUGAAAUUUUCCAUUCCUACAAAAAAUCUCGAAAGUUUUUCACACUUUUUACUUUUGAGAUCAAUUAUCUUGUAUGAAGAGCUAAAAAAUGUAGGUUUAUUUGGUCAAUUGACCGCCCAGAUCCAGAAUUGCGUGACAGGUGUAGUUAAGAGAAGCGUGUCACAGUCGCAGAUUUUAAAAGGCAUCCAAGACAAAACUCCAGUAGCACCCAAAGAUUUUUUGAGGCUUUCAGAGAUGAAAGGAUGGAUUAUGAAGGGAAAUUAAAAUUUGUGUUGUAGCUUUCCGGGAAGGGGAGAUAUUUGACCUCAAAGUUUUCAAAUAUUUGGAUGAAUCGAAAAGUCUAAAAAAUACAGUCGUUUCUUUACCUCUGUUGAUUAACAAGCCGUCAAUCAAGUUGACUGAUGCUCGUGUGGGACAUUUACUAAGGAUGUAAAAACGAUUUCCCCAGUCAAAACCAAGAAAACGGGGGGGGUGUUGGUCUAUCUCCCCCCGAAAAAAACCAAAACAGAAAUCAGUUUGUCUUUUUGAGUUUUGGGGUGGACCCUUUAAACUGGCGAAGUUUCAUUGAAAUCGGUGAGAUGACAUGUAGCAUGACUACCUGGUGCUUUCGUGGACACAUCUAAAUGGUGCGUAUCGUUAUCACUCAAAGCUACCGUCUUUUUCACGAAAAUGUUUUUCCUAGCAUUAUCACACAAUACUCAGAGUUGUUGAAAAUAUGGAUAGAUAUUUCGAAAGUGCUCUAGAAAGUCAGUUAUUAAGUUUGGUACUUUUGGGGUAAAAAAACCUGCUAGAAACUUAGGGGUGAAAAAAUCUUGACCGCCAGCGGAACAUAAGCCACCAUGAUAUUCAAAUGGCUCCAUAGGUUAGCUCCGGACCAUUGAACUUCGAAAUUCUCUGUACGCAAUACAAGGUACGACCCGUGGGACUCUGAGAGAAAACUUAAUGUUCGAUUAUCACGCGCAAAUAACUUCAAAAAUAUUUUUAGUUAUAGUGGUGCUACAUGUCGGAAUAGCCUUCCUUACAAGGCGCGGCGUUCAAAUUUCAUUUACCAAAACCCAAUAAUGGAGUGUUGAGAAGUAUGCAUUUGAUAACUUUAAACAAGUUCUUUAUAAGAUAAACACCGUAAGAAACAUUGUUUUCUUCUUAUUAGUAAAACAAUUGGAAAAAGGAUAUUUUUGGGACACACUUAUUCUUGAAAUUUUUCUAAAAUAGCAUAUUCAGAUCAAAGGUACAUGGCCAGACAAGAAAAAUUUGAGAUAUCAAACUUAUCUGGACUCCAGAUAAUAAGAAAGUUGUGACCAAAUCAAUAUUUUUCAAAAUGAGAGAUAUCAUUGAUUGAGAUAUCAACACCCUUAUUUUUCAAGAUUUUUGAAAUUAAAAAAAGACCCCUAAAAAGUAUGUUAUGAGAGAAGAAAAAUUAGGUAUAUAGCUUGUUUCAAAUCUAAAAACUGAGGGAGCUAUCCAAUUUUGAAAAGUACAAAAAUUGACUCUAGCAAACCCCCGAUUUUCCACCUCCCACAGAAAAAUACUAAAUAGAAGUAUCAAGAUUUGAUUGAAACCCAAAGAAUGGUUAUCUAGCAGCUUUUUAUAAUCGAUACUAACACCAAGAAAAAUUCGAGCAAAAUCUAUUUUUUUUUUGUCGGAUAGGCAGUCUCGUUGACAUGGAAUGACUCAUAUGUAAAAUUCUACCUUCUCAUCUUUCUUCGGGGUAUCUUUGUUAGGAGUCUUCUUUUCAUUAGAAUCCUUUCACUCCUCAUCUUUCUUAGCAUCCUUGUCGUUAUCCUUAGCAGAAUCCUCCUUCAUGGUCACAGUCUCCUAGAUAGUAUUUUAAUUGUAAGUGGGCUAAGAGUUUUCAAUGCUAAAAAAAGUUUAAUACGAAUCCGGAUUAGAAGAGGGCAUAUUGUUCAUAUUCUCUCAAGUUUGUUUCAAAUAAGAACUAGUUGAACACUUUAUUUAGGCUACUUAAUAGGUAUUACUUAAUUCUUUAUCCUGAAUCAAGAUCAGAUAUCCUCGUUGGGUUUUUCUGUGAGAAUUUUGAGUACCUUAUAAGGUUACGUAAGCGAAAACAAUUUUGACGUGGUGUGCAGUAAUAGUCAACCUUUGGUCUCAAAAUGUACUUUACAAAAUUUUUUCACUUUCCGUGGGUCUACAUAGGUGUUUAACACACCAAAAUGACCACCAGGACCUGAAUUGUAAUAAACCGAAGAAAAAAUACAACUUUUUGAACAUUUAAGGUGUCUAAGCUACAAAUAUCCUCUAAAAAGGCAUUUUUUCAUCCAGCAGGUAAUUUUCGUCCUACCUUGUAAAUUGAAUAUAUCUGAGAAAAAUUAACAUAAUUGUGUAUUUUAAAAGCUUAAAAGGGUCGGAGUUAUAUUGUCUACAACAUUCUCUAAGAGAAUUUCUCGCUAGAAUUAAGUUUUCAUGUACUUAGAGGCCAUUAUUGAAAAAAAAUUGCAAAUUACUUGUUUUGACCUAUUAGAUUUAUUUUUAUGAUGAAUAUGAAGAAUAAAUAAAUUUUUAUUUGGGUUCUGAGAAUUACAAACCGUACUUCAGAUUUUUUCUACAAUAAGUAAGGCGUUCAAGGCUAAUUUGAGUUUCGUCAAAAUACCUGUAUGGUAUAAAAUAGACCAAAUUUUUGUUUGGCCCUAAAAAGUCAUGAUAUAUGAAACUUAGCCUUGCAAAUUGAUAUAUCUGAGCUGAGGUCUUGGUUUGAAGGCAUUCUAGAGCCAAAUAAAAAUUGUGUGUUUUUUUUUUUGUUUUUUUUUCUUUUGUCAGAGACAUGUGGAACUACUUGGAUUUGUUGAUAUUGCUCGUUUAUGCCUUCGUCAUUACAAUUCGAAUCGCAACUGUUAUUAUUGGUGGUGAUCCCUAUAAAAAUCGUUUGUUGGAACUCGCUAAUUACGGUUAUGGGUUCGAUGGCAUGCUUCUUAUUCUAAGAUUUUCCAGCAUCCUAGAGCUCAGUUCAGUUAUUGGUCCACUACAACUGGCGUUGUUUCGCAUGUGUCUUGACUUACUGGUCAUACUUAUCCAGUUUGGUUUUGUUAUUGCCGCAUUCUCGUUGGCCAUCACAAAGUGUUACACAGCUGAGAUAUCGUUCCUGACGCCGUUGAACAGGGGAUCAAAUAAUGUAGAGUAAGUUCCUUUGUUUUCGUCUUAUAUUACUUUGAGGGGAUUGUGACUCAAAAGAAAAAAAGGGGAAAUCAUUUUAGCCUGUCUGAAAUCAGGAAAAUUUAAUAUGUAAGAACUUUUUAAAAUUAAACAACAUAAAGUUUCCUUAAAAACCCGAACGCAUAGCGAUUUUUGAACGCAAAAUCAAUAUCUGAUAUAAAAACAUUUAAAUCAUCAUCUACCAGUCUUGAAAAGUGCUUGAUCUAUAUUCAUAUCUAGAAGCGAAUGGUACAAGAAGUAACAUAGACUUUACUGUUCUCACUUGUACUGCCACUUCUCCAUACUUUAUUUCUGCAGUGCUUUACUAAACGAAUUUCCCUUAUUUAACUUUUGUUUGAGGCUCCGAAAAUACAUGCCUUCGAAAAAGAAAUCCUUUCCUCACUUUGCUAGCUUCUAAAUGUACUAUCCGUGGGUGGGUCGAUUGAGUUGUCUUUUCUUCCGUUGAAAGGUGAAGCACUAUUUUACGAAGUGUUAUUGGCCGUUUCAACGCAGAAUUUCAUUCUUUAAAAGUAAUAUCCAGUUCUAUCUUAAUAUAAUAGUGUUUUUGUUGCUUUUUCUUUUUUAAUCUUGUUUAAGGUACUGCGUUGAAGGCAGUUUGAAGUGGUAAGUCAACUACGCUGAUAGUUAAAUUAUCACUUAUUUUGUUUCAUCUCUUCUUGUCUCAUAUCAUUAUAUCUUAUCUUAACAUAGUUCAAGAAUAACAAAGCUAAUCAUCAUUUCAAAACGCUUUGACAGUUUCGCGUAUUUCUUUCAGUUUCCUCAAGUCUGCAAGGCAGCUAGUCUGGUCUAUAUUUGGAAUGACCCAUUUCGAGGAGAUGAAAUCCAUCACUAGGUUGACUUCGGACAUCGUUGUUUUUUUGUACUUGGUUUUCCUGGUUUUGUCAGUCAUUAUGUUGGUUAAUACUCUGGUAGCCUUGUUGACAACCACAUAUGACAAAUACAAGGUAAUGGUUGAUGAAAAAAGAGGUCAUUAAUAUAUAGAUUUAGGCAAGCCUAAAAGCGGAGCUCGCUUUUUUCCCCCGCACGUCUCUUCAACAAAACUAAAGCCCCUACUAUGGAUAAAGUGCGUGGUUAUAUUAAUGGAUUUUCAUUCACAACUUCUCCGUGUUCGUGUAGAGGACUGAUUAUAAGAUAGUGCCCGUAAUACAGUUGGCCGCGCAUGCUAAAAGUAGCAUCGUCGUACGGUCGUACAUACAAAUUUUUUCGGCUUGAUGGGUUACUACUAUUUUGUAUAAUUAUGGGGCUACGCUCUGCGACUUCUUACUAACGGAGCACGAGGGCUGUAAUGGGGAGUGUUGGCCUGAGGUCGUGGCAGUGUGGACCGAGCGCAGCCAGGUUCGUACGAAAAAAGGCUAAGGGCCAUUAUUUCCCAAUGUGGCUCGAGCAAUCGAAGUUAGUCGGUAAGAUAACUUGGCUUUGUCAACUGAGAUGAUAAUGUAGAUUGGCCAACGCGAAGAGUUUAUAAAGCGGACGUUACGAGCGAGUAUUCUAUAUGGUACUCGUACCAUUCUUGAUUAUUUUGCCGGCUUUCGCAACAAGAUGUACACGGUCUCCGUGGAAACGGUUCAAGUGACAAAGAGCGGACCAAUAAGAUCCAAUCAGAACACUCAAGACUUCCUUGUAAUAGACCAAAUUUAAUUUACUUCCAGAAAAUAAUAGUAUUUUUUUUUUCUCAAGCAUCUCAGCGGUCCGGUAUCCAAAAUCCUCGAAUCUGAUUGGUUGAUUCCACGAGCUCCAGCGGUCCACGUUUUCCCAUCCGGAAAGAAAGAAAAGAUUUUCCCUCUCCAUUGCAACAAACAAACUCACAACUUCAAAAUAUUCGGGGCCCGCCCCCCCCCCCCAACCCCCUUAUUUUCGGUUAAAAAAAAAUUAAAGUUUUCUCGUCCAUGCGGAAAUGGAAUAAUGUUUUGGUGAAGCCUUCAAUUUGCAUUACCUCUGUUUUCUAUACCACCCACUUGCUGAAAAAUGUUUUGUUUAUGGAGGAUCUUGCCUUAAUUACAGCUCUUAAUCAUUCGGUUUCCUUUUGCAAGCAUUUCUGUAAGUUUCCGGAAAAAAAAAUAGAAAUGUUAUUCACCAGCUCAGGUCCGUCCGUAUAAGGAAAUACCUUGCCCUCUGUCUUGAGCACUGAUCCAAAACCUCGGGCACAGUUUUUCCCAAUACGGACCUCUCGGUUGGUGAAUAACAUAUAUCCAUCCUUUGAAAUUGCUUACCUUGGUUUUUUUUGGUUUGUUUUUUUUUGUUGUUUUUGUUUUUGUUUUUUGCUUUUUUUUUUGUAAUACUGUGAACCGAGAAUAUAUUGAUCAUUUCCGUUACCAUUCGUUUAUUUAUACGCUCGAUUAUCUCUUUUAAUUUACUAAUUUAUUAAUUAAUUUUUUAUACAUAGUCUAACGCAGAAAUGGAGUGGAAAUUCUCACGCGCAGUUAUUGAGGAACAGUAUAGACGCAUGCACUUAGUUGUGGUACCGUUCAACAUAAUUUCUGAGCCAUUAAAGGCCUUAUAUUUUGCACUAUUUCCAGAUCUUCGAGCCAAGGUACUUGAGUUAAAGUCCGCAAGAAUUUAUUGUACAGUAUAAGUAGGUUUGGAGAGCUUUUCUUCUGUCUCUUCAGCGAAUUUAAUUGUUGUUUUCAGGAAUAUAUUGGUCGAUUAAAAGUGGCGAGUCUCAGCUACGUGAAUUAGCGUCUUAGCCCUCCACUUGUCUACCAGGCUAACGAAAUUAGCCUACAUUUUCUCCCGCCUUAGCUGCGACAGGAAUAACCUCUAAGACGUUACCUCGCAUAAAUUAAGCCACCGUUGAUCAGGCAUAAAGUAGAAAGUGCCUAACGGGUGGAAAAACGCUAAUGAAUUAGUUUCUCCUCAUUUAAGUUAAUUAUGUUUGUGAUCGAUCAAGACGGUAAGUUUUUAAACCAAUCACAGAACGAAUGAAAGAAAAGCCAAUUCAAUCCCGGGUUAUUUUCAAACUUAUCAAGUAUCUCGCUUUACAUGUAUUACUUAUAUACUAGGAACGAUAAGUUAGAGCUACUCUACAUAAGAACAUUAAAGAAAUAUUCAAACUUACUUUAAAUUUCUUGUUACUUUUAUUUUUGUAAACAUAGGGAAAGAAUCAGAGGACCGUGACGUACAAGAAGUUUCUUCAAAAUAAGUUUUUCCCUGAAAUAACAAAACGCUACAGAGAAAAAUAUGACGGAUCAUUUCCGUCAACAGGUACAUGGUUACUAAGUACAGGUUCAGUUUUCAGCCUUGCAGUGAUUAUAUUGCUUAUCCCCUCCACUUUGGGCAGAAUGUUAAUUCCUUUAUUUUAUCUCUCACCCGUAUCCACUUAGGCGACAGAAAACUAGAUAAGCUCGGAGAAAAUCUCAAGUCCGUGAAGAAUGAUCUCGAAAAAAUGCGGAAAGAUCACUCCCAGGUAAUUUGGUUCACAUAACGUGGCGAAUUAAUUCACCCUGACCUCCCUAUGUCCAAUUGGUUGUUUCUUUCGACGGCGCUGUAGUGAGACACAUAACCCAUAAUAGCACAAUACUGUAUAAAACUGGUUCAGGAAAAGUUGGCGGGAAAAAGAAUACGGUAUCACACGACUAUUUCGAAAGACAUUAUAGAUAUCCGGUUGGUAGGUAUUAGGUAUUCGAUAAGUCAAAUAAAUAAAUAAAUAAAUAAAUAAAUAUAUAAAUAAGCUCAUCACACCUGCUGUGGCUCAUAUUUACAGUGAAUUCUGUACGAUAUUCCUUUAAUGAUGAGACCAAGGAAUCGUGACCAGAAAACUACUCCCACUGACUUUCGGGUUUGUCGCGUGCUCUUUACGCUUUUUUUGCCGACAACCUUUCAGACGCACAUUGUGUCUGUGUUCUCCCAUUAAAACUGUUUUUUUUUUUUUCUAUAUGAAGACGGCUUUCAGAUAUAAUUUGUCCCAAGAAAGCGAAGGUGAGACGGGUCUUAAUCCUGGCUCUCACACUGAAAACCCAAUCUGUUUUAAAGCCAUUCGUGCUUUAAACAAUUCGACCCCGAAUUCAAUUUAGGAAGUAACUAUCUGAUUAUCUGAUACUGACUUCUUCUUCACGUCUUCUUCUUGAAGAGUAUGAUGAACCUGGAGAGAAAACUUGAACUCGUAAUAGAGCAACUCCAAAGGAUAUCACGAGGAGAUCCGGUAAGGAUUGUCUGCAAAGCGUUCUGUUCUGUGUUACCUUGUGCUUCUUUCCAUUUGCUCGAGACUUUCAAUGUCCAUCUAAUUACGGAAUUCCAGCGCGCGAGGCGUUCUCGCGAGGAGAACCCAUAAUUAAGGUAAUAUGUCAACUUAAAAAGAAGUAGAUUUUUGUUUUUGCGAACUAGCCGUACCAAGUAAACAAUCUAGAGCUUAAAUUGAAAUUCAACCCACUCAAGAAUGAUUAAGAGAGUGUCUCUGUAAGAGCGGUCCGGUCGAUUUUGCUUGAGACACGGAUUUCGCUUGUUUCUUGUGUGCUGUAAGACAUUCAUGUACCUAUACUAAAACCACAAUCAGUUUGAUCGGAUCUCUUUAUUUUUCCGAGUUUUACGGAAAUUAAAUUUCACUCGAGCGAAGGCUUGUCGUGACACUUUUCAAGACUUUAAUUUCAUACAACUUUGGAGGACAAUUUACAUAAAACUACGGAACUCAGCAAAAAACAAAUACCACAGCCAUGUGUAUUAACUCUAUCCUAUCUAUCGAGGCGACUUUCGUAAACAUCACGUGUCAAUCAAGGAAACAGGAAGACUUGAAUGACACCUUAUCGGUUCGCCUAAAUCAAACACGCCAAAACCGAUCAAAUUCAUGGUGAAGUUUUCAAAAAGUGAGGCGUUCUUAACUGAUCCAACUAACAUAGCUAGCAAGUAGGUGCUGUAGAAAAGAUAGCCACAGAAAAAAACUUUGCGGCCCGACCUUUACGAGAACUUUAUAACUCCGUGAACUUACCUAAUUUUCGGCAAUCUCCAAGUUUGGCCGCCAUUUUGAGGGACUUGUCAACAUGAAGCGUAACCGAUAUAAAUCAAGCAGGUGGAUCUAAAACCGUCAGAAAUACAUACGAAAGCAAUUCAAAUGAUCUCUACUUUCAAUUCAAGCGGCAAAAUUUGAAAUUGUUCUUUAAACUUACCAUCCCCAUGCGACCAUUUAUUCCAACAAUUCAACCACUACAACUUUCUGAAUUCCCCUCGUCGAUUCCACCGCAAGAAAUAACCUGUGCCACCCAAGCUUCGACUCGAAUGUGAAGUACGAAUCAAAUAACAUAAAUGCUUCAUCUUCGUGGCAAUAUCACGCUGGUAUUUUGAUUUUCCGAUCGACAAGAACGGUGAUCAAGAAUCGAUCGGUUUGUUUACCUCAUAAACGUGACCGCUGACCAGCUGCUGAGUGAAAACAGUACGGUUCAGUGGCGAGGGGCGGGGUGAGGGGUGGGUGCGGGCAGAUUAUCAGAAGAUUUUCGGGAACAUUCGAACAUAUGCAUUAAAGUAUCAUGAUAAACAUUAGGAUUCUCAGUCUUAAUGCGAAGGCAUGCUUCGUGUUGCAGACAACUUUUGUUUUACUUGGUAUUCUUUUUUAUUUCAAAUACAUUUCGUUCCAAAUAGGACUAGCAUCAGUUCAUAGAUUUAAAAACAAAUCUUUACCACCUAAAUAAAUGUGUUUAGAUAAUCGAGAUAACCAUUGAACCUCUUGUAUCGCACCGGAAAUAACGUAUCUUGUCUUUGCCCAACUCUGAGAGCGUGGAGCGGCGAAGACGCGAGAUACCAGUCUCGCGUCUCGCGGCUUCACCAUGCUCACAGGAUACGCGUGACCUCACUAUCUUUAAGAAAAAUAAGAGAAUUACACGAAUUACAGUAGGCUUCUCUUUUGAAGCGAAAUUGAAAUCGUAUCGAAUAUACAAAGUUAUAGUGAGUUCCUUUAGAUCUCCCGCACUUGUAUCGCGUUGGAAACAAUUACAAGUACGGGAAGAAGUCGUUCAUUAGCAAGACGUUCACUAUGUCUCAGGACUGCUUUUUGAAUAGCAAAGAUAGAAAAACUUUGGUUCAUCGUGUGGCUUAAGUGGUUUGGUACGACUGUCGGAAUGCGAUGACGAAGUAAAACAUCAUUUGAUAAGCUGCCACCUGUCUAAAGAGGUUUUGAGGUUAAAAUGAGCUAAUCUUGGCAAGGAUUGGCGUAUUUCACCUCUCUCAGGAGGAUAAAUAAAAAAAUGUGGAUUUGCUAUUGGCAUCGCCACACUUUGGGGAAGUUUUGGAGAAGUGCAAAGGUAACAUGUCAGUAUCCUGAUCAUGAUGGUGUCAGGAAGCGUAUCCAAGGCAGAGAUGUAAUUCCUUUGCACAUGUCUCAGGACAUUAAAAAGCUGUUUGGAGUUAUUAUUCCAGUUGAAUCAGAUAGUCUUCAGUAACAUUUUCUGUUAUCUAUUUUUGUCACGUGAUAUAUCUGCUCGAAAAGAGAAGAAAUUCUUUAUCAGAUGAAGGGUACUUAAGUACACAUCACGUUGAAAAAAAUAGAUCUAUGUGUAAGUGCUUUUUAUUACAGAUGGAAAUAUGUACAAUGUUGCUCGGUUGAUAAUCAAUAAUGUUUUUGUAGAAGAUCAAAUCACCUGACAACGCAAUAUGCUUACUCAUGCGUACGGUUCACAAUUAUUUGCGGUCAGUUUUCCUCAGUUUGUAUGAUUCUCAUUAACCAAUAUGAUUAAAUUUGCAGACUAAAAACACCCCUUAUUUGAUUAAGAAUAAUAAAAGUAAACAGUACAUGUCGGUUUUUAAUUCCUGAUGGAUGCUACUGGGCUUUACUUUAAUUGAGAAAUUUGCAAUCGCUUACCUCAGCUCUCUAUGUCCCAUGCCGUAAGAAGCACAAGAAAAAAGUUGAUGAUAGUGAGUCUUGGCUGAGACGAGAAGAAUCAGAGAAGAAUCUACGGUGCCCAGAAACGCCACUUUUAAACACGAGACAACUAAGGUAAAUUGAAUUAAUUGUUAUUUGUUUUAUUUAAAACUAUCGUUAAGAUUAUAAGAUACGCGAAAAACUCUCCCCACCGAUUUUUUUCUUACAUUCUGUUAAUCAAAAGUUUCAAUAAUUAUAAAGGCUUUCUUGUUGAUCGUCUUAAUAGUAACAGUUUCCAGGAUCCAAGGGGAGCAAAAGAGUCAACAAUUUUCUGUGUAGCUAGGUAUGGCGACAUGCCGGCUUUAUACUUCUUCCGGCGUGAUAACGAUAAUGAUGACAACAAUGGGCAAAAAGCACCUUCCGCUAAUGAUGACGAUUAUCAUAGUUAUUAACAAAUCUCAGUUAUAGUCCUGAAAAAAAUCUCAGGGGGUCCUUUGAACCAUCCAAUCAAUCUUGCCAGAAGUCAAAGUUGCCUACACUCAUUCUAAGGUUCGUGCGACUUUACGACGAAUUUUCAAUUCCGGUGUGUUGCACGUGCGACUUUUGAUAGAAAAAACCUGCACGCGUCAUAACUUAAAAGAACGUGUCAGCGGAAUGAAUCAAAUCUCUAUCACUUUGCAUACAUUCUUGGGAACAGAAAAAAUUACUUAGAGCAAACAUUCUAAGUAUAGUGUUCAUUCCAUGCAAUGGGGCAUAAAUAAAAGUUCUGGUGGAAAAGACACCUUAUUUUAUACCACUGAUGAUAAGCAAAAAGGUUAUAUAGGUACCCGGUUAUAAAUACAUUGAUAACUCUAUUUAAUAGUUCUAAUUAAUACCAGUUCUAAUUUAAAGGAGAAAGUUAUGAAAAUAAAAUAAAAGUUGUCUGUACCACAAAGCAUGCCUUCACUGUUUAGACUGAUAGUCCUAGAGCUUUUUGAGCAUGUAUUCGAAUAUCUUAUGACGAUAAGCCAGCCACCCACCCCACCCCGCGCUAUGCUGUUUUCACUUAGCGGCUGGUCAGCGGUCACGUUUAUGAGGUAAACAAACCGAUCGAUUCCUGAUCACCGUUCUUGUCGAUCGGAAAAUCAAAAUACCAGCGUGAUAUUGCCGCGAAGAUAAAGCAGUUAUGUUAUUUGAUUUGUACUUCACAUUCGAGUCGAAGCUUGGGUGGCACAGGUUAUUUCUUGCGGUGGAAUCGACGAGGGGAAUUCGAACACUAGUUGUAGUGUUUGAAUUGUUGAAAGAAAUGGUCGCAUGGGGAUUGUAAGUUUAACGAACAAUUUCAAAUUUUGCCGCUUGAAUUGAAAGUAAAGUUCAUUGGAAUUGCUUCCGUAUGUAUUUCUGACGGUUUUAGAUCCACCUGCUUGAUUUAUAUCGGUUACGCAUCAUGUUGACAAGUCCCUCAAAAUGGCGGCCAAACUUGGAGAUUGCCGAAAAUUAGGUAAGUUCACGGAGUUAUAAAGUUCUCGUAAAGGUCGGGCCGCAAAGUUUUUUUCUGUAGUUACCUUUUCUAUGGCACCUACUUCCUAGCUAUGUUAGUUGGAUCAGUUAAGAACGCCUCACUUUUUCAAAAAUUUACCUUGAAUUUGAUCGGUUUUGGCGUGUGUGAUUUAGGCGAACCGAUAAGGUGUCAUUCAAGUCUUCCUGUUUCCUUGAUUGACACGUGAUGUUUACGAAAGUCGCCUCGAUAGUUAAGAUAGAGUUAAUAGCUGUGGUAUUUGUUUUUUGCUGAGUUCCGUAGUUGUUUGUAAAUUGUCCUCCAAAGUUGUAUGAAAUUAAAGUCUUGAAAAGUGUCACGACAAGCCUUCGCUCGAGUGAAAUUUAAUUUCCGUAAAACUCGGAAAAAUAAAGAGAUCCGAUCAAACUGAUUGUGGUUUUAGUAUAGGUACAUGAAUGUCUUACAACACACGAAAAACAAGCGAAAUCCGUGUCUCAAGCAAAAUCGACCGGACCGCUCUUACAGAGACACUCUCUUAAAUUCCCAAAAAAGCAACGUUUAUUAAUUUCGAGGUAAUUCAAACGUCUAUAAAAUAAAGCUUACUUCUAUGAAUUAACUUUCAUCACUGCAUGUAAAAGCAGCAAAUGCAGUGCUUGGGAAAGGUUAAUAAAGUCAGAUGUGUAAAUCAAGUGAGACUAGUUACGCUACGAUGAUGAGUUUUCCGAGCUUUCGCCGAUCUACGGCAUCAUCAGGGAAUGUAGAUGGAAUCUUUGAAAUAAAGAGUAUAUCGGGCGGGGUGUUAGGCUUGAUAAUAGGGGUUCAGCAGACAAUAGGACUGGACAAUGGCAGGUAUAUCAAUGCAGUUAAGGUUCAUAAAGUUUCUACAAAAAGUGACUUAAUUUAAAAAUUAAAGCAACGUUUAUUUAUUUCGAGGUAAUUGAAACGUCUAUAAAAUAAAGUUAACUUCGAUAAAAUAACUUUCAUCACUGCAUGUAAAAGUAGUAAAUGUGAUGCCUGGGCAAGAUUGAUAAAGUUCCUGCAAAAAGUGACUUAAUUUAAAAUUAAGAAAUAAUGAAGUUUGGAGAUUAAGAUAAAUGUUGCUCAUUCUGUUGGUGCAAAACAGACUUUAUCAAAAUUUUCACAAGAGAAGGAGAACAAGGGAAGAUCGAAGGAAAGGGUAUCAUUCGUCGAAGAGGACGAAGGAAUAAACCCAUUAUCAUCAGGUAACAUUAUUUUCUCUUCGUGAAAGGCUAUUCUAUUUUUUUUUUUUUUUUAUGAUAACGUACAUUUCAGCAAAACCAUUACUUGUACGAAUGUGGGCAAUCGAACAAAAUUGCUUGCGCAUUUAAACAUCCUACCCUGUCCAUUCUGACAUUCGAAUGCGUUUCACUUAUCGGUUGAAGGCUGGGUUAAGAUGAAUCUUAGGUGCAUCCUUGGGAUUGUUUAAAAUCUUAGAAUGAGAUAUCAGGGCCGUUAUUUCGCUCUCAAAAAUCUAUCAACAAAUUUCUUUCUAGCCAACAGAAAACUGAGCACUUCAAUGGCAGAAGUACAAAGACAUCUACCUCAGGGGGAGCAGGUAUAGUGUUUCGCUUUUCAUCCGUCUAGUUUGAGCAAAUCACAAAUUUAACAAAUCAAAUUUACUAUCCGCUGUUACAUAGUGCACAUUCACUGUUAAGUGUUAAGUGAGUCAUUAGGGAAUCACACUAAAGCCGUCAAAUCAUUUAGUAAUAGGUGGAAGACGGCCUUUGUACUUCCUUGCGUGUUAUUAUUACUAUUCAGUACGUAACCCUAUCGGGUGGCUGCUAAAUUGGCUGAUAAUGUCUACGGUUGAAGGACAACAUCUCAGCGAUACCUGUGAAUUCACAGGUGCUCUCACUCAAAGUAUCGAACCGAACAUUUGUAACAGCAGAGUACAUAAUCAUUACGAAACAUUUUCUCGGUGAGGCUGAUACUGGUAUUCAUGAUAUUUUUGUUUCCUUUCAACCCAUCAGGCACAAGAAGAAACAGAGAAUCAUAUCACCGGAACCUCUCAAAUGCAAAACUUCUCACAGAACGAUGGCCAAUAUAGUCACUUGUGAAUUAAUCGAUCUUUUUGAGGAACUUCUCUCACGAAGCAAAUUCUUUGCAGUGGAUGAUAUGUUGCUUUGAGUCUAUAUAUGAAUUGAAUUUGCAGAAGGCGUGUGUUGACUGUGGGUGUGUGGGUGUGUGUGUAUAGAUUUGAUAUUGAAAAUAUUUAGAAAUAAUUGCAAAUAAUCUAAGGGUAAAUCUCGCAACGUGAUCGCAUUGUGUCAACGUGCACAAAAUUAAUUAGCUGAGGAAUUACUUCAUUGAUCCCACGACUUCUUCAGUUGACGCGUUUAUAAGUUUCGCGAUGUUUGGGGAUUUUUAUUGUAACUAGCAAAGAAGCAGACAACACAAGGCAUACUUGACUGAUUAUGAAUGAUAGUGCUGGAAUAUCUCUCUGCAGUUUUGAUUCAGUGUGGAAUGAAAUGCGAAAGCAACUUCACUUUGAUCAGUGUAAUUACAUUCAAAUACUGCACGUACUUUUUCCAAAUCGUUUUAAUUCUUACCCUUACGAAUAAAGAAAUUAAAUCAUAGAAGACUAAUGGACCAAAAAAAUAUAACUCCGAGGUAAACUAGGCCCACUCAAGUUUGUAUAUCAGUUUUUUAGCCUUAACAGAAAACAUUAAUAUUUCACUUAAUUUUUCCGUGGUGUCCAAAGUAAGAUUUAUACUUUCUUUUUAUUGUUUUUUUUUUCGCCGUGGCGUACCCGAAAACUAGUUUUUUAAUAAAGUGUGCAGG